GUGCUUGGAAAAUUCUACUUCCGGUUGGAGAGAUCGGCGAUUUUCCAAUUUUUUCAGAGAGCGAAAAGAGAUGAUAACGUAACAUCAAAAGAAGUAAAACACUGAGGAUGUCGGUUGACAGUGGAGAAAGCAAGAAGAAUGUUAAGAAAACCCCUAAUGACUUUAUAUUUGGGAAGGUCAUUGGAGAGGGGUCCUACUCAACCGUGUAUUUGGCAAAAGAAGUUGACAAUAAUACAGAGUAUGCCAUUAAGGUGCUGGAGAAGAGACACAUUAUGCGGGAGAGGAAGACGCAGUAUGUAAUGAGGGAGAAGGAAGUCCUGAUGAAGCUGAAUCACCCGUUCUUUAUCCGACUCUUCUACACCUUCCAGGACUCCGACAGGCUCUAUUUUGUAUUGAGCUAUGCCAGGAGGGGAGAAUUGUUGGAUUAUAUACACAAAUUAUCUUCCUUUGAUGAACCAUGCACCAAGUGGUAUACAGCUGAGAUUGUCACAGCAUUGGAAUAUCUUCACAGCAAGGGAAUCAUACACAGAGACUUAAAACCAGAAAACAUCCUCCUAAAUGAUGAAAUGCACAUACAGAUAACGGAUUUUGGCAGCGCUAAAAUACUGAAAGACGCUAAAGUGGAAGAAGCUUCAGCCAGUGGUAGAACCAAUUCUUUUGUUGGUACAGCUCAGUAUGUGUCUCCUGAGGUCCUUACCAGCAAAAAGGCAUACUACAGUUCUGACCUAUGGGCAUUAGGUUGUAUUGUGUAUCAGCUAAUGGCAGGACUGCCCCCAUUUAGAGGAGGACAUGAGUACCAGAUAUUCCAGAAAAUCACCAAACUUGAGUACGAGUUUCCAGAUGGCUUUAAUGUUGUAGCACAGGACUUGGUGGAGAAACUUUUAGUGCUAGAUCCUGAACAACGAUUAGGUUGUGAGGAAAUGGGUGGCUUUGAGAAGUUAAAAUCACAUCCAUUUUAUGAAGGCAUUGACUUUGAACACAUUCAUGAACGGAAGCCACCACCUUUAUUACCAUAUCUCCCCGCCACCUCCACAAAUUCCGAAAACCUCUGGAGUAGCUAUAGGGCUGGGUUUGAUGAUGCAAGAGUUGUAGAAAUAAUCACUCAGACAGUAAUUACUGAUGAUGAGAGGAAGAAAAGGCUUGAGGAGCAGAAACAGAAUAAAUAUCACAAGUUUGUGGAGGGCAACUUAAUCCUGAAGCAAGGACUGAUAGAUAAACGAAAGGGAUUAUUUGCCCGUAAGAGAAUGUUGCUGUUAACGGAGGGACCACACUUGUACUAUGUGGACACAGCCAAUAUGGUUCUUAAGGGACAAAUUCCAUGGUCAGCAGAAUUAAGGCCAGAGGCAAAGAAUUUUAAAACUUUUUUUGUUCAUACGCCAAACCGUACAUACUACCUGGAGGACCGAGAGUCUCGAGCCCAGGACUGGGUUGCUAAAAUCAACGAGGUGUGGCAGCAGUAUUAUGGCAACAAGGUCAAAAAGUGACAGACAGUUAUAACAACCAGUCACUUACAAGGGGUGUGGCUUAUUAAGUCUGAUAUGUUGGAGCCACUGACAAAAGGUUGUGGCUUAUUUAGUCUGGUAUGUUGGAGCCACUUACAAGAGGGUGUUGCCUAUCUAGUCUGUUGUAUUAGGAUGUGCAUGUCCCAGUAAGUGACCAUCGCCAUCCUCUGUACAGCAACCUAACCAGCUGGAGCAAUUGGGAACAUCCCAACACAAAAUAGUACCUCUGUAUUGGUCCCCUGCAGACCCAGCCCUCCACAGAAAGGUCAAAUAUUCUAACUCAUUCCAUGUGUUUUGAAAGUUCUUUUUUGCUUCGUAUGAAUUUUAAUGGAAUCUUUGUAUUGGUUGGAUUGUGGAAUUGUGCAAGAGAUAUUUUUGGAUGCAUUAGUACUGUUAUUGGAAAUGAUUUGCAAAGAUUACUUCUGUAACUUUAAACUUGACUGAUUAUGAAAUAAUAUAUGGUGUAAUAGUGGAGUAAGAUGCAAAGAUGGGAGGCAGUUAGAAAGUACUUUUUGCCCAAAUGUUUUGGUACUUCAAUCUAUGAAAAGAAAUUAAUUGAUUGUCAGACAUGUUUGCUAAAAUGCUUGAUGUAUUUUAUUUACAAAAUGUAUAAUUUUUUUUUAAUUGGCAGAAUUGGUGCCCUUUUUAACUUUCACUUUUAUGCAAGAAAGAAAAUUACAUUAUAAGGAGAUUUCAGUGCACUUGAUUUGACAUUGCUAUAAAGAUUUUGGAUAUGUUAAAAUUAGGAAUAAUGGUUGGAUUAGUAGUAUCAUAGUUGUUCCUUAUAUUGAUGGUUAAUGUGCUUCAUUUGGAGUAGAGGAUAGGUGUAGUCCUAAUGUGUGAUUAAGAAGAAAUCAAGAGUUUUAUUAUUAGUCAUUGUUGCAGCAUUAACAUAUACUCUGAGAGCAUGUGUAAUGCAUUGAUACACCAGACUGUGGUAAAGUGGAGCUUAUAUUAUCUGCACUCAAUAUACAGUGGAUACAAACUAAUAACCAGUGGUAGUGGAGCAGCUCUUUUUCAAAGAGAUCACAGAUGUAUUGCUAAGUUUUGUGUUUCAUACAUGUGUUUAUCUGUGACGUGUUCUGCUGCACAUGUAUAUACAUUUAUUUUAUCAUUUUUGAGAAUUCAGACUGGAAGUAAUUUUAUUAAUAUGGCAAUGAAGAGUUUUAAGUGAUAUAGUCUAAAACUCGAUAUAUAACUCUGUAAAGUGUUUGGCAUACAUUGAAUUUUUUUCCCUGGCAUGAUAUGCCGAUUUCGGAAGAUGUAAAAUUUGAAACCAUAGAUAUCAUGGGAAAAGGAGUCGAUGAAAAUGCUGUUUGGUGUCUUGAACAUCUAAAUCAAAAUAAUGUUAGAGUUUGAGCAGCUGUACAGAAAUCGAAAUUGAUAUCAAUAGGAUCUAAAAAAGGUUUUAAUCAACACAACAGCAUGCUUGUUCAAGUUUCAGCUUGUUCAGUGCAUCUGUGUCACAUGGUCAAUCUGACAAGGUGUUUCAAUUAAAGAUAUUCUGCCUACAAAGAUAUUCGUGAAAUCUUUCUUUAUCAACAUGCACAUGAUUUGCAUACUAUCUUCUUUAUCAACAUGCACAUGAUUUGCAUACUAUCUUCUUUAUUAACAUGCACAUGAUUUGCAUGCUAUCUUAAUUAAGAAAUCAAAAAAGAGCUUAUGUGAUUCUUCAUGCUUGUCUACAAAUUAGAAUUAGUAGAGCAUUAGGAUUAUUACUUUGUUUGAAUACUUUUUAUGCGAGUUCAUUAAGGAAAGAAAAAAAGAAUAAUGGUAUUGUCAUAAAUUUUUUUGCUAUGGAUUAAAAACAGACGUAACUGUUUAUUAUGAACUGUACAUGUGUGCAUGAAUUGAUUAGUUCAGGUGUGGAAGGUUAUUUGUAGUGUUCAGUUUACAUGUAUGUCAUGAAAGAGCUUCCUUAACAUUGAUGAUAAGAGAUGCAUUGUGUUAGGUAUAUUUGCAUUAUUUAUUAAGUUUGUCCAAGACUUUGAAUUUUAUCUUCUUGUAAACUGUGAUAUAUCUCAACAUACAAAUAUACUGAUCUUACUCCCACUCACAAAUAAAUUUGUUAUCAAACGUUA